AGCCUCACCCCGUUCUUUCAUUUCUCUGUAUAAAAGUCCCAGCGCCAGAGACAGGGAGCAGGUAACACGUCCUCAGCUUCACGGGGUCCGAGCUCCUAGGUCCUAGACAGACGCCUUGAACUGAACUCCGUAGUGAACAACAUCCCGGUGAAUUCAGGUUAUCGUUUUCGACAUCGUGAAGCAAUGGCUUUCCUCAUCUUGGCCUCUUUCGUCGCCUUGGCUCUGAGCCCUCUGUCGGACGCCUCUUACGUCGCCACUGGCACGACUGGCUACAGCUGUCCAACAUUGUUCAACUACUAUGCCGAUGCGUACGACUGCACUCGCUUCUACAGAUGCUUCUGGGGAGAGGCCUACGCCUUCAGAUGCCCCGCUGGAACCCGCUGGAACCAGGCCAUCCUUACCUGUGACCAUGCCUACAACGUCCCCUGCGGAGGCAGCUACGGAGUAGGGUUCGAGGCUUCCUACGGCCUGUCUCAUGGAGCCAAGUAUGAUGCUGACAGCUACGCCUACAGCUCAUACGACUCUCCCGCCAGCUACUCCUCCUCCAGCUACUCUGCUUACAAUGAUGGCUAUGCCGGCGCCAGUGCUGCUUAUGGCUACAACACUCCUGCCAGCGGUUAUGCCACCUACGGCUACAACAACGCUGGUUACGGCUACAACAACGGUGGCUAUGCCAGCAGCGCCGCCUACUACGCCCCCAGCCGUGCCUACAGUCCAGUCAGCCGCUUCCUGGCCGGAUACUCUGGCCACUACGCCAAGAAAUAAGCAUCUUCUGUCCGAAAUAUUUAUAUUUUGUCCCGAGUAAACGCUGGUAACGCCAAUCAGGAUUUUCCGCUCGCCGGACAUUUCUAAACCUUGUGUCUUCCUUAGCAUUAUAAUCGUAAGCUUAAGAAAAUAAAUAUAUCUAACACCUAAUAACUGAAACUCCUUAUGCAGAUAUUUAAGUACAACAACAUCUAUUUAAUUCACGGGCACGGAAACAUAGUCAAAAUGAAUCGUGGGAAUUCAAGCAAGAGUACUGAACCUGUACAUAAGCAACCAACAAAGAUCUUGCCCAACCCAGAUCGGAACAUUCGCGAAACAACGAUGAUCUGAUCAGAACACUCGAGGAAAAAAAAAAACCCCGAUGUUCUCAUCAGAUCGUUAGGGAAACAGCGAUGAUCUGACUGGAAGUUGCGGCGAUUUUAGCGAGCAUUUAUGCAUUCGUAAAAACUUCCGUUGCCCUCCUCCGUCUCUUUCAUCAUGGACCUAUGCCCCAAAACACUUCAUGAGUUGUCCACACAAGAAAGCUAACAUCGCAAACAUUUUUUGAGGGUCCAUCAUACGAGAUGAAGGCUGUAAUGAAUGACUCGCACUGGGGUUUAGCCAAACCCUCCGGUGUUUACCCCAUGUGGUUUUGUAACAACAAAUAUUUGUGACGGAUGGAUUUUACACAAAACUAUUGCAACAAAAGGCGUGUUGCCACUUUUACAAGUCUUUCAUGUGAUAAUUUGAAAUGGAGUCACCGUGUUAAUAUACGAAAAAAGGGCAAAAAGGCAUUGUUUUAAAAAAACCGAAAUGGAAAUAUCAACCUUUUAAAUGACAAGUACUCCCACAGAAGAUUAUUUUCUGUAGUUCGGGCGAUAUUUCGCUACUGUCUGAUUAUCUGCCGAUCACGAUUCUCUUUCUCUUUACCUUUCUCGGUUAUCGAAGUCAAAUGCUGUUGAUCCCAACUUCGUGAAAGGCAUGAACUGCGUUUGGCUUCUCGACCUCGUUGCCGGCGAAUCCUCCUUUGUCCUCAAUGUCUGCGCAUAUUAUUAGAAACCAAUUUUAUGCAAGCCUUUGUAUGCUUUUGGUCUUGUAUGGAAGCGAUGCACACUGCAAUUUCGAUACGAUGAAUAAACUGGGUUUGUUUUUAAAAA